AUGACCAAGAGUAUCCCGCCGCUGCUGGCGCUUCCCCGAUCGCUGGCGAUCCCACCCCGCGCCGCCCCCCGACGGCGCGAUACAGCGACGGACAGCGACGCCUCCGCACGGCGUCGAUCAAUAACACCGUCGACGGCGACGCCGACGUCGAGAGCGUCGUCGCGCUUGCGAGGCGCCGCGUCAUCCGCGACGAGAGCCGUUACGCUGUGCGUCCUCGACGGUUCAGCGGCGCAGCAGCGAGAGCAGCAGCAGCAGCAGCGACAGCAGCAUCGGCGACCCUCUCGCGCGAGCCUCUCGCGUGCGGGUACGCGGCAACGGGCAUGCGACUCGGGACACUCCCGACGGGACUUUACGCGAACGAGGGACGCGCGUCCGGGAACGGAGGAUAGUCGAGUGUCGAAUCGCCGAGGUCCCACCCACGACAUGGCCAAGAACGUAGGGGAGAGUCGCAUACCUGUUCCACGUGCGGCACGGCCGUCGUUCUUCCCGAAAUCGAGAGUGCUCGAGGCGUCGAGGCUCCUGACGGGAAGUCGCCGAUCAACGAUCUUCUCGGGAUGCUUUCAGUUUAACAGCGAGGACGAGUCCCCCACUCCGCGGGAGUUCUCCGGAUUCACGACGUCCUCGCCUAACAUCAAAACCGAGUCGGUGGCGGACCAGACGUUCUCGAUAUCACCCGCGUGGGACAUCGACAAGACCGAUGUGCAGCAGCUGGUUCACCUCAGCGAGGAGAAGAACAGCCUAUUCAGGCUACUCGAAGAUUCUCAGCUGAGCAUGAUCGAGGAUGUCGGCGACACCUGUCUCGUAGAUUCGGGCCUGGGCAAUUACAACGAUGCGGGCGCAGCGCCGCAUUAUUUGAUGCUGAACAAGCAGAACUCGUUCGAGCACGACGAGAGUCUCGGUAUACUGACACCGGACCAGAUGACCGAUUUCACGGUGGCGCUGGAAUGCUCGAGGACGCCAUCCUGCGAGAAUCUCACCGGCUCGGCCGGCUCGAAAUUGGCACUGACCCGGGCGUCCGCUUCGACGAGGCCGCUAGUGGACGUGGAACCCGCGGAGGAAGGCUGCACCGAGAGAACCCCCUCGCCGGAGGAGCUGCCGCUCGAUCCUAAACCCGUGGAGCCGAUCAGAGGUAACGCCGUGCCGGUGAGCUUCGUCACGUCGGUCACGAGCAUCACCAGCCUCGAAGCGGGCUACCAAGGAGACGGCGAGAACUCGAGGCCGGCCAGCCGCGGCGCGGACCCGCCGUCUAUGGCGGUGCCGCCGGUCAAUCUUCCCGCGCCAUGCCGCCAGGACCCGAUGACCGACUCGGACUUCUUCACCGAGAGUGACGCGGACGCGCACGAGGAGAUCGUGCGGGGCGACAGGAAGGCGCAGGUGAUCGACGGCACGCUGUUCUGCGCGCCGGGUGAGCGCGUGUGCCCCAGCUUCACCGGAGAGGAGAUGGACUCGAGCGGGAUCUACUCGGACCUGGACAAGCUGCAGGCGCCCGGCGAGCAGGCGCCGGAAGAAAACGACGACCAUACUCCCGACACCGGGGAUACCGAGCUGUCCCAGAGGAGUCAGCCCUCGCCUAUCGCGGCGAACGUUAUCAUGGAAUACUUGCAGAGUCCCGCAAAGGCGUCGGACGAAACGAGCAGCAUGAACGACACAACGGCCUCCGUCGAAGUGACGGCGAUCGAGAAAAUUGAGAAGAACGAAAAUAUCAGGCCCAAACCGCAGAACAAGGCUGACACGGUGCCUUUGAAAAAGUAUAAAAUGCCCAAGAGGAACGUCGUCUCGAAGAUCAAGGCGAUGAUCGAGUCGUCUGCGAAAGACGACGCGGAAAAGGAGGCGAGACGCUCUCAGAGGUCGACCAGAAAGGGCGGACGCUGGGACGCGGUGAUGAAUAAGAUAGAGGCUGGGAAAAACGAGCAGAGAAUGCGACCAGCGCGGAAGGACGUCAAGUCCAGGGUAUUGCAAAAUCUUACUCUGUCACCUUCCGCGAGGCCAACGUCGAAGAAGGCCGGCGACGCGAACAAUAACAACAAUAAGGAUAAACGGAGGAUGCGUGGCUGGCAAGAGAUGAAAUCACCGACGCAGGAAACGGCCAGGAGUUCCGUUCGCAGUUCCAUGAGCGACCUGAGCAGUGGCCCGAGUAAGGACAUGCCAAAGAGAUCACCGACGUCCGCGACACCGCCACGGAGGUUCGUCUCGAACGGCCACGCCAGUCAUGUCCGCGUCAACAGUUUCGACGCGAAGAAGAACUGCGUCGACGAGCUCGAGAAGAGCCCGCCGUCGGCGCGAAAGCCGGCGAUAACGAGGAGAUUAGCGGCCAACGCCAACGUGAAGCAGAAAUCCUCCGUGGCGUCGAUAAAAGAUCGUGAGUCGAAGGAGGCUCACCACAACAGUACCUACACGGCGAGGACGUCGCCGGAGACGCGAGACCAGGCCGCCCAGACCACCGCGCCCUACGUGGAUUUCCGCGUGGAGCAGGCGGAACGGGCCGCACAGGCGCUCGCGGUGAGCGUGCGUUACCUGGCGUUCGAGCUGGACGCGUUCGCCACUCCCAAACUGAAGAAGGAUUUCGAGAAGCUGAAGACCGACUGCGAGGCGAUGAAGAACGAGCGGUCGGCCCUGCUCUCGGAGAUCGACGUUCUGCGGGCGAGAUACGUCAGCAUGGAGGAGGGACUCGACGCGGAGAGGAAGGACCACCGAAAGGCUCUGGACCAGCUUCGCGACGAGUUGGAGGCUCACAGGACGAAACAGGUCGCCACGCUCGUCGAAACUCUAAAAGAGGAAAGGCACAAGUACGACGUUAGACUGGGCGAAGUAACGAGGGAGCAUCGCGCGACGAUUGCGAAGCUGCGCGCCGAGCAGGUUAACGAGCUGGCUCGUAAGGAGGAGAUGAGAAGAUCCGUGGUUCACGAUCAGGGCGCCGCGCUGAUGGCGGAGAUCGAGUCACUGAGGUCCGUGCUCGAGCUGAAGAGUCAGGAGAACACGGCCCUUCGGUCAGAGCUGGACAAUUACAGGCGCGACGUCGGGGAGAAGGACGCCUUGCAGAUGCGGCUCGACAUGGCGGAGGCCCGAUGCGAGGACCUGAAGGCUCAGCUUCAGCGGAAGGAGUCCUUCGAGCGGCAGGUCUCGCACGAGAACGAGAUGCUUCACGAGUCGAUUCACCAGGUCUCGAAGCACAACAAGCGCCUGUCGCAGCGGAACGAGGAGCUGCAGUGGAAGCUGCGGAAUAAGAACGAUUUGGUCAGUGUUCUUACGAAUCAGCUGAAUCCACGGUUGACUCGUUCCACGGGCGCGGAACAGCUGGAACACAGUUAUUCGCUCGACAAGAAUGGCGCUCCUUCGUCGUCGAUGAUGAAAUUCAUGGUCGAGAAGGGCGCCUCCGUCUCUUGGACGCUGGAAAUCGACGAUCUGCCGAAGGGGACGUCGGACUCGCUUAGCACUUUACCGAAAGUAGCCAGGCCCACCGAGGGCGCGACGACAGUUUCAAGGCAGGGAUCGCUCAGACUGACGCCGAACGCCAGACCUGCCAUGGACACCAGAGCGAGAUCGAAGAGCAUCUCCACUACGUGCGAUUCGGCGCGGUCCGCGGCGGUGGCGGCAGUGGAAGAGGCGGCCGCGUGGUCGCCUUCGUUCAGCUCGACGCCGGUCACGCGACGACGUCCUCGGAAGGACCAAUCGUCGCCUUCCUCGACGUCCUCUUCAUCGUCUUCCACGUCGUCUACGGCGAAUUCCGCGGUGGCUGUCGCGGUGGCGGCCGCUGUUGCGGCGGCGGCGGUGGCAGCGGCGGAUGAUUGCAACGUCGGCGGCGGUCAGAGACCCCAGGAGGCCGGCGGGGAAGCGAUGAUCUCCGAGGAAACGUCGGCGUCCAGCAGCGAGGAUGAGUCGUCCACCGGCAGCGACAUUCCUCGGCUAGGAAUACAGUUCGCCUGGGGCAAACCGAUCAAGUAACACCCGGGCGAACCGUCGCGGCCUGCUGUUGCCUGUCUACGCGUCCCUUCGCUCGCGUAACAGAGUGCUGUUUCGAAUCGCGAAAUUAUCGUUACGGCCGCUGUCUCUGUUCUCUUGCCUACAGUGAAGCCGUUCCUCGACGUGCAUUCAUUGCGGACCUUCGUUGAUCAUUCCCCUUCGUCCGUUUGCAGACACGUUUACGUUUGCGUAUUGUGUAACGCCGGCACCGCGCCUCUUUUAUUUUUCCUUCUCCGACCGACAUACAUCCGGCCCGAGGCCCGAGGUUCAGAGCGUGAGGAGUGGCGUUCACGUUUUAAGCGAAUGUGCCGCGCGCGAUUCAAAGGAUUCACGCGAUUCCGGAAUAUAACGUUGUAAGUUAGUGAGAUGUUUAAGAGAUGAAUUCCACGAUGUAUUUUAAUGUUACGACUGUAUAAAUUAGACUAGUACGAUUGUUUCCCGUGGUUUUCCCAAUUACGAGGACGUUUCAUCUUCCCCCCCUCCCCCCUGACACAGAACUUUUUGCAUUGCGAUUUAAGGCAGCGAUGCACCGCAUGGAUUUAAGAUUAGGAUCUUCGAAUUCCGUUACGCAAUGAUUUUCCGAUAUAUUAUGCAUACAACGAAACUGCUUCGUUUGCUGUAAUGCUGUGCCUUUAUUUCGGGCGAUCUUUGUCUACAAAGUUUACGACGUGCAGAGUCACGCAGGAUUCAAGGAGAAUUCCUCUUUUUAUGUUUUCAUUCGCUUCAAUUUAUUUUUUUUGGAAUUUUGACGGACAUUGAAAAAGGGAAGUUCAAUGUCGUUCUGGCUGACGGGCUUUUAUUGCGGCGUUUCCGAGAAUUUUUAUCGGAUGUCCGACUAUCUGAACACUUUUAUAGUUACGUACGUUUUAUAAGCAUCACCUACUCUUUCGUUUUUUGGUACAGAGACCACGUAGUAUUGCGGAGAUAUAAAAUAUAUAUAUACACGCACGCACACGCACACAUACAUAUUCAUAUGUAUAUGUGUGUAUAUAUGUAUAUGUAUACGCGUGUGUGUAAGAGCAUGACAAAAGAAAAAUAUUCCUCGUUCCUCGCAAUCAUGCCGAUUUCGUACUUGUAAGUCGAUUCUUUUUCAGAUGAUGCGCGUCGUCCCUCGCGCAUUUUUUUUUCCGUUUGUUGCGUUCUCGAGAAAGGGAAAAAGAAAGAUCGACAGCCGGAUCCUCUUCGCCGGCACGGCGUUUCUUUGUGACGCGUCUUUCGCGUGCAACAACAACCGAAUCGCGGAUGAUCUACCUGGUAGACGCAGCAGAACAGUGAUAACCAUUAGCGACAAAAUGUAGCACGACAAGAGCGUUAAUUUCACAGUCCGUUCCAAUAGACGAGUGGUAGCUUAGAUUAUGAGUGAGAGAGAGAGAGAGAGAGAGAGAGAGAGAGAGAGAGAGAACAUCGCGCGCCCGAACACACGGAAGCAAAGUAUUACUCACCGAGAAAGUAUGUUUUCUUUUCUCAUGUGUGCUGAUAAGAUUGAUGUAUUAUAUACUUCUCGAAUAAAUAAGUAUCAUCUAAAUUGUAGAGCAAUCUGGGGAGAUUUUCCGUUUGCCCUCAUCGCUAGGAUUGUAGCUACGAGCAGUCGUAUUUCAGAUCGACUUGAUUUGACUUUAUUAAGUGAUCCCACAAUUUUAGCGUUUGAAAAUAAUACAGUUUAAUGAGAAUGUUAAUGUUUGAUUUAGUAAGAAUGUAUCAACGUUAUCGGGUUGAAAUUGAUGAGCGGAAAAAUUGUAAGAUAACACUUGCGCAUGAUAUUUUUGCGAUUUAUAACGCGCGGAAUGAAGUUCUCGAAUUGCGAUGCGAUCGUUUAUUUGAUUUUAACAUUUAACUCGCGCGAGUAGAAGGAGAUUCGAUAGACUGUUGAAAUCAAUUAUUAAUUAGAUUAUCUUGUUGGUUACACUACUGUGAUGUCCUUUCUGUUUGAAGAUUAAUAAAGCGUUUUUGUUAAGCAA